UUCUUACCACCCGUCCCUGCUUCAACUCGUCGUAUAUAACCGAAGACGUGGAGACACCAAGCGCGACAUGAACAGAGGAGGAAGGCACCUCAAACUCAAAGGCAGGGGCAGAGAUGAUGGGUGGAGUACUGUUGGACCACUUCCGCUCGUCGGCGUGGUUCUACCUGACGCCGGUGUUGGCGGCGUGCGCCCCCAUCGGGGUGCUCCGGACGUACUUCAACCAGCACCUCCGGCGGCCCGUGCGGCGGCUCCUCCCGUUCCUCGACCCGUUCGUCACCAUCGACAUCGCCGCCAAGCCGGAGGACUACUCCUACUCGUACCAGGGCAAGGUGAAGUCGAGCGACGCCUACGCGGAGGUGCUGGCGUACCUGAGCGCGGUGUGCUCGCGGGAGGCGCGGGAGCUGCGCGCGGAGGGCGCCGUCGAGGGCCACGGCUUCGUGCUCAGCCUCCGGGAGGGGCAGGAGGUGGCCGACGAGUUCAAGGGCGUCACCAUGUGGUGGUCGGCGGUGGCGGAGGAGAAGGCGACGUGGCGUGCGUCGGGGCGGUGCUGCCGCCUCACGUUCCACGAGCGGCACCGGCGGCUCGUCGUCGACGAGUACCUGCCGUACGUCCGCCGCGCCGGCCAAGAGGUCACGUUCGGCAACCGUCCUCGCAGGCUCUACUCCAACAAGAAGGAGCUCAACUACCAUUCUAGGAGGGACGAGGUGUGGAGCUACAUCGACUUCGACCACCCAACCACCUUUGACACCCUCGCCAUGGACCCGGCCAAGAAGCAGAUGAUCAUGGAUGACCUCGAAGACUUCGCCAACAGCAAGGACUACUACCGCCAGAUCGGCAAGGCGUGGAAGCGCGGCUACCUGCUGCACGGCCCUCCCGGAACGGGCAAGUCCACCAUGAUCGCCGCCAUGGCCAACCACCUCAACUACGACAUCUACGACAUCGAGCUCACCACCCUCGAGACCAACAGCGAUCUUCGCAAGCUCUUCAUCGAGACGACGGGCAAGUCCAUCAUCGUCAUCGAGGACAUCGACUGCUCCCUCGACCUCACCGGCAGCCGCGCCACCAAGCUGCCGCCGCCGCCCGCGCACGACGACGCCGCAGACGGCAACGACAAGUCGCGCAAGAGGCGCAACAUCCUGACGCUGUCCGGCCUGCUCAACUUCAUCGACGGGCUGUGGUCGGCGCACAGCGGCGAGCGGAUCAUCGUCUUCACCACCAACCACCUCGACAAGCUGGACCCGGCGCUGAUCCGGCGCGGGCGCAUGGACAUGCACAUCGAGAUGUCCUACUGCGGGUUCGAGGCGUUCAGGACGCUGGCCGGCAACUACCUGGGAGUGGACGCGCACCCGCUGUUCGGGGCCGUCGGAGAGCUGCUGCGCGCCGUGGAGAUGACGCCGGCCGACGUGGCCGAGUGCCUGAUGCCGUCCAAGCGCAGCGCGCGCGACGCCGACGCCUGCCUCGCUCGCUUGAUCGACCAGCUCAAGGAAAAGGCGGCCGAGAAGGACAAGGAAUCAAAGGCCGCCGAGGAAGGCGACGAGCGGGAUGCGGCCAAGGAGGAUGACAAGACGGAAACGGAGAAAGUUGCUUCCAUGUCCAAAAAGGAGAAGAGCGAGGAAAAGAAACAAAGCUGCCGAGUCAUGACCAACGGAGCACGCAGUGGCGCCAGUGCUGUGAUGAGUGUCUCUAGUUCAACUGACCAUUAUCUGUCUUGACUCUCGAGUGUGGUUAUAGUUAACCCAGAGCAGACUUGCAUGAGCCAAAUAACGGAACACUUUUUAGGCCAA